AUGUCAGUCGAACAAAGACAGCCCGAGCCACUUCGUCGGAUCAUAACAACCCAUGAUCCUACAAGCGGCCGAGCUAUCUUUAGUGACGCGGUUGGGGAACAGGUGUCAUUUACUGGGUUCCCAGUUCCCCCAGGCAAGCCCACAACGGGCUUUCCCCCCCCAACUUCUGCAACCCCAGAGUCCAAGGCCAAUCUUGACAUUAAGCACUAUCACUCCCAGCUCUCGGAUCCAUCGCCUUUGAACCCGCCAAACGGCACCUCCUGCACAAUUAUUGAGGUACCUCCAGGUUCAGCGGUUCCGAUGCACCGAACAGCGACCCUCGACUAUGGUGUCAUAAUCGACGGCGCUACAGAAUUAGUCCUUGAUUCUGGUGAGAAAAAAAUACUGAAAAAGGGUGAUGUAUUUGUCCAACGAGGAACAGCUCAUGCUUGGCGGAAUUUGACUGCAAAAACAGACAAUUCUGGCGUUUUACGUGUCUUUUUCGUGUUUCAACCUAUCGAAAAGGUGCAAUUGGCAGGCGGAAAGGUCGUUGAUCAGGACUUGACUUUGUCUCUGCAUGAGACUUAG